AUGAUAUUGCAAGAUCCUAAGGUUGCAUUGAAAAUAGUGGAUAGAACGGCACUUGAUGAAGAAAAUUUGAUACGAUUGGAACGUGAAAUGCAGAUUUUAACACGUGUAAAUCAUCCUCAUAUAGUGAAACUAUAUGAAAUAAUGAGAACCGAAUCGUCCAUAUAUAUAGUAACUCAAUAUUGUAGUGGAGGUGAACUAUUUGAAAUUUUGAUAGAACGAGGUCGGACGGCUGAAGAUGAAGCGCGGCGAUGGUUUGGGCAGAUCGCGUCCGCCGUUGCAUAUUUGCAUCAUAAGGGUAUUGUCCAUCGUGAUCUUAAAGCUGAGAACAUUUUAUUGGAUAAAAAUAGUAAUAUUAAAAUAAUCGAUUUCGGUUUUUCUAACACCCAAGCACCGUCGCAGUUAUUACGGACGUGGUGUGGAUCACCCCCUUAUGCUGCUCCAGAACUUUUAUUAGGUAAAGAAUACGAUGGUCUAAAAGCCGAUAUCUGGUCCCUUGGUGUUAUUUUGUACAUUCUCGUCACCGGUGGAUUUCCGUUUCCUGGCGAUAACGUCGAAAAUCUCAAACGAGCAGUAUUGUCGUGUCAAAUGAAGAUCCCAUAUUGGGUGUCUGUCGAAUGUGCUGAUUUGAUAAAGAAAAUGUUAGUGUUCAAUCCAUUCAAGCGGUGUGGUAUCAAUGCUGUCAUGCAGCAUCGGUUAGUCUUGGUUUAUCACAUCUAA